AUGAUUGUCCGGAUAUGUCCCUACUUCCGCUCCGUAUUACCCGGUCUUGUGCCGAGCACUACCUCUGCGACUCAGUUGGCUUUCGUGCACCAUCACAUGGAGCGAAAAGAUCUGGCAAGAUUCCUGGGUAUUAAACGAUCCAAUACAGCACGAGCUAAUCGAAAUACGCACGUUAAUGAGAAAAUGUUUAGGAAGUUGCGUGGAAAAAAGACCGUUGUUUUGGAUCUGCCUGAUGAUGAAGAACGUCGUCAUCAAGAGACGCUCACACCGUCACAGUUACGUAUUGAGUUGCUUCGAAAGGGCAUAAAUCCAUACAAGGAGGUUCAACCACGUGCGUGGCAGGAAUCGCAGAUAACAAUGCAAUCUUUCUUACUUAUUCAGUACUCUCCAAGUUUAGAUGGUGUGAUCGACCCGUUCGUUACUCCUGAGGAGACGUUACCAAUUUUUAGCGGAGGUAUUGAUGGAGUGAAGGAGAAAGGAGAGGAGUUGAAGCAACGUAUGCUCCACCGAUAUCAUAACUGGCGAAAUGGCACGAGCAGAAUUCGAAAAAAGGAAGGCUUCGAGAAAUUUGAUGCGAAGGUCAACGCAGAUUGGCCUGGCGGUGUUAGCCGUGUCCCAAAUUUUGUUUUAAUGUUGCAGUUGUUUGGCCCUACAGCCGAUUUUAUUUACGAGGAAGCUCAUCGAGCUCUCAUGAAGAGGGAUAAGCCCACUCUUCAUAAGUGUAUUACAGAACAUGCGUUUACAGUUGUUUCCGUCCGGUGUGCCGACCACCCAUACAAAUCAGGGAAUGAUAUUGCUCAAAUAACGGUUAGAAUGCGUACUAAACAGAAAUUGGCUAUAUACGACCGUUUUGGACAUCUUUUGUUGGGAUCAGAAACAGAACCUCGGGAAGUCGUUGAGUACGUGGUGUUUGAAAAUCAUAUCGCGGUCAUCGAUGGAACAUGGCGACUGCACGACAAAGUUUAUCCGAAAUGGGUUACACCGAAACAGGGAGCUCAUACUACUCUUGCUCUUGGUGAGGCCAAUGAGGAGUCGCGACCUUCUCAUUCUUCGAGUCUUCCACUGCGUGUACAGGAAUUAGAAGAACAACGAAAGAAGGAUAAGAAGAAGAACGAAGAGGACAGCGAUGCCUGA